AUGAAUUCAGUGAGGCCAGAAAUAGUUGAGCAAGUAUUUCCAGUCCGUAAAAAGAAGCGAUACAUUCAUCGUGACCGAGAGGGAAGCCACUAUCAGUUAAUGAAAGACUACUUCAACGACAAUUGCACAUAUCCACCGGAGUACUUUCACAGGCGAUUCAGGAUGCGAAGAGAACUUUUUCUUCGUAUCCUUAAUGAUGUCAAAGCUUAUGAUGACUACUUUGUCCAAAAAAAGGAUGCGACUGGUCGUCUGGGGUUGUCUUCUAUACAGAAGAUGACAAUUGCUAUUCGUAUACUCGCAUAUGGUUGUGCAGCCGAUCACUAUGAUGAGUAUAUUAAAAUCGGCGAGAGCACUGCCAUUAAAUGCUUGAAGGCAUUUUGUAAUGCUAUUGUUGCUGUGUAUGCAGAGGAGUAUAUGCGCCCACCCAACGAAGCUGACAUAGCACGGCUGCUUGAAGAAGAGGAGCAGAGAGGAUUUCUAGAAUGGUAUUACCUGUCUGAUGGUAUAUACCCUAAGUGGGCAACUUUAAUGCAGACCAUCCCGCAUCCAACCACUACAAAAGAAAAAUUAUUUGCUCAGCGACAAGAGGCAGCAAGGAAAGAUGUGGAAUGGACUUUUGGAGUAUUGCAGAUCAAGUGGGCAAUAACGCAAGGACAAGUGCAUUACUGGGAGAAAGAUGACUUGCGCCUCAUAAUGAAAACGUGCAUCAUCCUUCACAAUAUGAUCAUUGAAGAUGAGCGUCACGCAAAUGUUGGAAGAUGGACUCUGCCACCGGAGGAUACAAUCCCGAUUCCCACUUUAAGUUGA